AUGAGUGAAAGAACAAUGUCUGAUGGGAAGAAGAUUCGUAUUGGAUAUGCUCUGAGGCCCCGGACAUCCGAAUGCCUGAUCAAACAAUCUCUCCUUGAUCAUGCCAACAAUCAAGGAAUCCAGCUUGUUCCGAUCCACGCAACUCAGCCGCUGAUCCAACAAGGCCCUUUCGAUGCCAUCAUUCACAAACUCUACGACGAGGAAUGGAACCGAAUGCUCACCACUUUCUCCGCGGAAAACCCUGACGUAGUCAUAGUGGAUUCGCCCUCUGCUGUCGAGAAGCUUCACAACAGAGUCUCGAUGCUCGAAGCUGUAGGCCGAAUGAACAACAGAGCGAACACCACAACUCCCGUGACCAUUCCCGAACAGGUCGUGGUCCACGACUCCAUUCUGUUGUCUGAUUUAUCUGUUUUCCAGGCUUUAAAAUUCCCCGUCAUAGCCAAGCCGUUGCUGGCCAAUGCAAGCUCCAAUUCCCACCAGAUGUCGCUCGUGUUCAACAACAACGGACUCAAGGAGCUCGAGGCCCCGGUCAUACUGCAGCAAUUUGUGAACCACGGCGGGGUGAUUUUCAAGGUCUAUGUAGCAGGAAAGCACGUAAAAUGUGUGCUCAGAAACUCGCUUCCAGAUAUAUCUCAAGAGAAGCUCAACAAUUCUACUGGAAAUGUGAUGCCUUUCUCGCAGAUAUCAAAUCUCUGCCCUAAUUUAAGCGGUGAAGUGGAAAUGCCUGCGAAAGGCUUGGUGGAACAGGUCGGGCAGGGGCUAAGGCAGGCAUUGAACCUGAAUCUGUUUAAUUUCGACUUGAUCAGGGACUCUGCACAUAAAGAUCGUUAUUUUGUGAUCGAUAUCAAUUACUUUCCAGGCUACGAAAAACUGCCGUCUUAUGAGGCUCUUUUAACAGAUUUCUUCAAGGACUUGAUCACCAACAUUCACCAUGCUCCUUUCAAGGGAAGCAGCGAGCCAGCGCUGUUUGCCGAUGCUGCUGAACCUGCUGUUCUAUGCCAACCUUAG